AGCUGUCUUCUAUAAACUGCCACCUCGUCACCCUCACAUCCAAGGCCACCAGAAGGGGCGGUCAUCCCUAGGAAGAUUGUGCGAAGGAAAGAUAUUUUUUUAUCAGGAAAGUUAUGGCACGAGAAGUCCAGCAUCUUUGGAUGUGAUUCUGAAAGUUCCACAGUGAAGUCUAUUUCAGGAAAUCUUUUGGGAGAGUUGUCUCAUAGACUCAUAUUGAGUUAUUAUGAACGAGACGUGAAAGAAUUAACUCUCUCAUGUGUUACUGAGCCGAAAGUUCAGGUGACCAAGCAAGGGGUGAAGAGGGAGCGUCAACAAAGUGGGGCUUCUAUCCCAUGUACAAAAAUGAGUUUGAUAAAGACCGUCCCUGAGAAGAAUAUAAUGGAGAUCUGUGACGGUCCAGAAGAUGUCAGAUCUAUGAAAUUUGAUGGCGAUGUUACUACUGCCACAGUUGCCACCCCAUGUGAAAAAAGAUCGAAAGAAACAGCUUGUGAAAAGACCAAAGAGAAUAGUGAGACCGUCAACAGAAUAGGGAAAAGGAAACGGAAUGGACAUGCUGAGCGCCUUAAAAAGUGGAAACUAAAUCAGAAGGCAACCGCAGAUCUUGAUGACAGUUUAAGUACCAGCAAAGCUGGGAAAAGGGAACGGCGUGAAAAAGAUGGUGAGCACCCGAAAAAGAAGACAACCCCGAAACUUGUUGGUCAUGUUAGAGUCAACAACGCAGGGAAAAGGGAUCAGGGUGAAAAAGAUGCCGAGGGCCUGAAAAAGAGGAAACUCAAGCAGAAGACAAUCCCAGAACUUGAUGGUAAUGUUACUACGACUACUGCUGCUGCUGCUACAGUUAUCGCCCCAUGUCAAACAGGUUCGAAAGAAACUGCUUGUGAAAAGAUCAAAGAGAACAGUAAGAGCGUCAAUAAAGCAGGGAAAAGGAAACAUUGUGAUAAAAAUUCCAAGCGCCUAAAAAAGCGGAAACUAGAAGACAACCCCAGAACUUGAUGGUAGUGUUACCUUUAAUGCCACAGGUUCCGCCCCAUGUCUGACGAGCUCUAAAGACACGUCUUCUGAGAAGAUAUCAGAGAAUGGUGAUAUUAUCAUGGCGAGCAACAACAAGGAGGGAACAGCAAUAAAAACGCUCUAAAGGAUGCAUAGAAGAGUGGAAUGAUAAAAAAGAAAGGAGGACAACCUCUCAUUUAGAAGGCCAAACUCUGGUGUAAAAGAAUACCUGCAACUGUGGACGAUAAAAAGAAGAGAUAAACAACACCUUGCUCAGAAAGCAAGUUUUCGUGCUAGAUCUGAAGUUUUCUAGUUAUUUGUUGUAUUGGUACUAUAGUCUGAAUCCACUUGAAGUUUUCUAGUUGUUAUUUGUUGUAUUGGUACUAUAAUCUGAACUCACCCAAUUUUGUGCGUCUAAAGCAAUAUAGACACUAGGAGCUUCAAUCAAUCAUGGGGUGUCCCCCUUAGUAACAUCU